UAACAGAGGUGUGUUAAAUAAAGCAGCUCGUGGUGGGUUAUUUCGUGCUUCACUUGCCGAGCUCUCGAAAACCGCAGCACGGAAUUACCGUUCCGUCGCCCUUCGCCGCGUAACCUGGCAGCAGUUACCUCCCUCCCUUCCGGUCGCCGCCUUCUUCCGCCGCUAUAUAUAUAUAUAUAUAGCUUCCUGUCUGCGGGCUUCCCUCGGCGAGUUCCGUGUGGGAUUCUGUCCGGAGGGUUGGUUUUUCUUACUAAUUCUCGCGCAAAGCAAUUUUCUGCUACGGCGACCGAGAUGCGGGGUUGUGAUUGGUUCACUGUUUGUGAUUUAUAGAUGGGGAUGGUGAGCUUGUGUUGUGAUUUGGGAGACUCGGGCGUUUUGGCGGACUGAGGACUUAAAUGGGCUGCUUUCACUCGAAGUCUAGGAGGCAGUUUCCGGGUUAUGAGGAUCCUGUUCUUCUCGCCUCACAGACGUCUUUUAGUGUUAGUGAAGUGGAGGCACUCUUUGAGCUGUUUAAGAGCAUCAGUCGCUCUGUGGUUGAUGAUGGGUUGAUAAACAAGGAAGAAUUUCAGCUUGCUUUGUUUAAGAAUGGUAAAAAGGAAAAUCUCUUUGCGAACCGGAUAUUUGACCUCUUUGAUGUGAAGCAAAAGGGUGUCAUUGAUUUUGGUGACUUUGUUCGAUCACUCAAUGUAUUUCACCCAAAUGCCCCACUUGAGGACAAAAUUAACUUUUCAUUCAAGCUCUAUGAUUUGGAUGGUAAUGGCUUUAUUGAGAGAAAAGAGGUGAAACAGAUGUUAAUUGCACUUCUUUCUGAGUCUGACAUGAAAUUGUCGGAUGAAACUGUUGAGCUCAUAGUAGACAAGACAUUUGUUGAUUCGGAUGUGAAUCACGAUGGAAGAAUAGAUAAAUCAGAUUGGCAAAAUUUUGUUUCUCGCAACCCAUCAUUGAUGAAGAUUAUGACGCUUCAAUAUCUCAAGUAAGUUGUAUUUCAAUUAGUAACGGUGGGAAGU